AGGCCUCAAACGGCAAUGGAUCCUCUGAGCAGCGCCUAUAUGGCUCAGACGAGGAACCCCAAAACCCAACCGGAACCAAAACCCGUAUACAAGCCAGAACACCUUGCGAUAUUGCUUCAUUCGAAACGACCCAAACCCAGUAACCCGUAUACACCAAUCAACAAUUCCCACCAUGCUUAUUGCUCGAACUCCUCUUCGGUUCUUCAACGAGAAGCUCCGAUUGCCGGAAGGUACGUGUCCAAGCGUGAACGAGCAAUCUUGGGUUCGGUUUCUCAAGUGCCCGUCCAGAACCCAGAUCCUAAUCGGGAUACUCCACUCUCCUCUUCGCCUGGUUUAUGUGAAGCCUAUACAUCAUAGAUGUCCUUGUAUUCAGCGCCAUCCAUUCGAUCCAACUUUUGUUGCCCAGUCAAAUGGAAACUACAUUGCUAUCCUCUUAUAAUCCCCCUUUCAAGCUAGAAAAGUACAAAAGAUAUGAAAGCCAAGGGGUUUCUGGGUUCCCAAUAAAAAGCAAUUUCAGUCUUGAUGGGGAGAAGCUUGCUUCUGGCUUCUCGGAUGGUUGUAUCUAUCUUGACGACUACAAAUCAUCAGAACUCAUCAGGAAAACCAAGGCAUACAAGCAAGUCUGCAUAGACGUUGCUUUCCAUCCUGUGAUUCCUAAUGUAAUUGCCACUGCUCGGAAAGCAAGCAGAUGAAACAAAACAGUAAUGGAUGAGAAGUUGAAGGGAGGGAAAAUGCCAUUUUUUCAUGAACUGGUAGUUGCACUCUAUCAAAACAUUGAUGUUAAAUGUCACAAUGGAAAGUGUUUGAAUUGUUGGAUUGCACAAGUAUCUUGUAUAUUUCUUAUAAACCAACUAUUUCAGUCUCAAAGGUUGGCUGCGGUUGAACUGUUGAAAGUUUCUUUCUUUUUUUCUUUUUUAUUUUUAAAGUUUUAGUAUUGAAACUGCUUGAGCAGCAGAAAUUUGAUCUUUUGCUAUCAAGAUUACGACUGCUGAUCCAUCUUUUGUAGCAUAUACAGUACAGGUUUUAUA